AAUGUUGGGACCAGCAGACCGAUAGCAUCCUCGCCGGGCAGUUCUGUGGUGGUUGCUAUGCUGGGUAGUCGCGCUGUUGUAAUUGCCUGCCAGGAACGGGGAGGUGCUGAGGUGCAAGUUUAGUGCUGUGGAGAGGGAAGAUACCAAGACGUGAGGCACCACAGUUAAGGAUGACCCAGCUAGCGAGUGGUCACACAGUGGAGGUGUUGGAGGGGGAGGAGCUGGAGCACCAGGAGCGUGACUUCCAAGGUUAUACCAAUGGCCUUAUCCGCCUCAACCCCGGCAGGUGGCUAUACCCGGCAGACUACACCAAAUUUGCCGACAGCCUCUUCAAGUUCAAGUUUCGUGAAAGUGAUGUGGUGGUGAUGACGUGGCCAAAGUGUGGAACAACAUGGAUGCAGGAGAUCGUCUGGACCAUGAGGAACAAUCCUAACUUGGAUCAUCCCUUAGCCAGCCUGUCGGUCAUGACUCGCUCUCCCUUCCUUGAUUACGAUAUGUUGGCGUUCUCAAAGAACGUUCCACCAAUAGAUGAUGGCCAUCCUGUAAUAGAAGCAUUUAAAGAGAAGUGUCCUGGCAAGGACCCCAAGGAUGGAAUAAUGUUGCAACUGUCGGAGGCGUUACCUGAUCCACGGACCAUCAAGACCCACCUGCCCUUCUCUCUCCUCACUCCGGAUCUUCUGGACACUGCUAAGGUCAGGCCGGGGACGCUGCACCAGGAUUCAGCAAACACUUUGUUUCCAUUAAAGAGACCUGUACAUUUUGCCUCUAUCCUGGUGGCUUAGUUUAUAUUUAUUAAA